CAACAGUGCAACCCUCCCAGUUGGCCUGCCAAUUUAGCUUGCGUCCGCAACACCAACACCAAUGCACACGCCUCUCUCAGCACUCUCGCGCUCUCUGACGGAAUGUACGUGCGAGUGUGUAUGUGUGAAUGCUUGCGUAUGUGUGUGUGCCAUUUUCGCAGCUGUGUCAGUUCGUUUUACAUACGACGCGUGUUGGUGUCGGCAAGUUUCUCGCUCGAAUUGUAUUUGCUGUGAAAUAAAUAUAAAAACCUACUGAAAGUGCUCGUUGGUGUGUGCGUGCUGUGGCUAAGCCAUGUCUACAUAUAAAUCAAAUGUAAAAUUGUGCCGCGCUAUUGCAAAUCAGCCGAUAUUGUAUGAUGAAAGUAAUGAACAUUAUAGAAAAAGAUUGCCUUCAGAGAAUUGCUGGGAUUUAGUCGCUUCAGAGUUGGGAGAGCCUGCGGAUAAGUGCAAGCGUCGCUGGCGUCAGAUUCGUAACGAUUACGUGCGUUGGAUAUCAUCGGACAAUCAGCGUCAACGCAACGGACAGAAGCGACCGGGGUUUUACUUGGCCGAAGAGCUUCAAUUCUUGAAUCCGCAUCUGUCGGGUGCCGAUCGCGAACGAGAUUCGCCGGAGAGUGAGCGCGGUAGCGAGCGAGAUAGCAAGAGCAAAAGCAAAGAGCCGGCGAUCGAGGAAUAUAAAGGCAAGCAGAAGGACAUUGACGAGUCAGUGGAGGAGCAGCCGCUGGCCAAGCUCAAGCAGACGGCCAAAGAUAAAGAACUAGAGAAAGAGAAAGACAAAGGCAAAGAGAAGGAGAAGGAGAAAGACAAAGAGAAAGAUAAAGCUACUGAUAAACGAGCGGACAAGGAACGGAAAUCUCGGUCAGAAGGCCCCGUCACGCCCACAUCCUCCGAGGACUCGCCCGUGGGCAGCUCGAAGCAGGAGUUUUUCAUCAAGCAGAACAACAGCAACAGCCUCUCCAAUUGCCUGAUCAUUGGCGUGAAACCGGCCGGCUCCUCGGCUAGCGACUCACCACUGCUCGACUCGAUGGCGGACGACAGCGCCGACGAGACCGCCAGCAUGGGCGGCGGCCGGCGCUUGCGGCGUGGCGCCAAUCGCACCAAGAACUCGGCCAUACAGAAGGCGAGCGUCGAGCAGCGCCUGACGCGCCUGCAGCGUCGCAAGUCCAUGACCAUGGCGGCGGCCAACAGCUUGCUGAGCUCCACGUCGCCGGUGAAGAUGACGCCGGUGCCCCGAACCAGCAUGCCCGCCAGCACCACCGCCAACGCCAACGCUGGGCAGCCAAAGGCGGGCAAUAAGGCGCCCGCCAAGCAUGCGCUGGCCGGCGCCCGGGAUGACAUAUUUCCACGGCCAAGGGCCGCGGCGCCGGUCAACCAGCAGGUGGUGCUCGCUCGCCAUCCUGGCGUGCCGCUCCAGAUGCCGCCAAAGUUGCAGCCGCCGCAGGGCGUGCAAGCCAUGCCGCCACGUCCUAACUACGGCAUCGGACGUCCGCCGGGCCCUGCACGGCUGGCGGCCAAUGCCCAGGCUAAACGUCUACUGGCUGGGGCUGCACCACCCGGACCCCGGGCCAACUUCCCCGGGCAACAGCGCCCGCCGGCGCCCGAUGGCUUCAAGGCGCCCGCGACCAGCUCCGCGCCAACCUCGCAGGCGCAGGCGCAGGCUCAGGCCACCACCAACAACAGCUCGGUGAGCAGCUCGAGCGGCAUCAGCAGCAUGGCCAACAUGUCCAACAUGGUCAGCUUGAGCAGCCUUGCGAGCAUUGCCGGCUCCAGCAGCGGCUUCAGCCUCAGCGCCAAUUCCAACUCCAAUUCCACGCCCAGCUCGAGCUUCGGCACACAGACAGCCUCGAUCACCGCCUCGCCGAUUGUGAGCACCACCCCACCCACCAUAGCGCUGAUCAAGCGCUGCGAGCGGGGCAACCAGACCGAGUGCCAGGACAUCUUCUCGGACGAGCACUUCCUGGAAAUGGUGCGGCCGCAGAUGAAGGAGAUGAAUCCGCGCCAGAAGAUGCACUUCAAGCAAAAGAUCUUCCAGGCCCUGAUCGAGAUCUUUGACGACGCCACCGACUUCCCGGCCAGCGGCGAGGUGCAGCACUUCAAUAUAAACACCCCGUCGGGCUUCGACCAUGUCACCGACGACGAGCUGCGUCUCAUACGGGAGCUGGUGAGCAUGGUGGGCGCUGCCAAGCAUACAGCCGGCUCCAGCCCCGGCACGCCGUUGUUGGCACAGCGUGUGGCCACGCCCAAGACGCCAAGCGCGCUGCCGAACGCCUUCAGGCCAACCCUAAGCACAACGCCACUGGGCGACGAGAAGAAACUCUAUCGCAUCAUGAAGACGAACAACCAAACCAAGAUCGUGCCCAAUGCAUCCCCAUUGACGGAUCAGCGCAAGGACAGCCGCAGCAGCAGCAGCAGCAAGUUCGCCGUGCCCGGCGUGGCAGUGAAGGCCGUGGCCCGUCCGCUGGAUCCCUUGAACCAGCUGUUCGGCCAGGGCGGCAGGCCAGCGGCCGCUACGGCCAUCUCGCCCAAGGAGCCCAUCCUGGUGCGUCAAAUGGGCCGACGCUACUCGGUCUGCGGCGGCGGUGGUCCCGCCAACUCCUUGGGCGCCAAUGGGAUCAAUGCCAACGCCAACAUCGACGUGGCCGUGCUCAAGCGUCGCAUCACGCCCAUAGCACAGCCCAUGGCAGCGCCUGCACAGCGGCCGCGCUACUCGCCCAACUCUCAGCCGCCGGUCAACCCGAUGGCAGCCAUUCCGCCGGGCAACAGCCUGCUGAUGCGCCGCGCCGUCAACGCCAACGGCGGCCAGCGCCAGGCGUCGCCGCUGUCGGCGAGCGUCGUGCCCCAGAAGACGCCGCAGAUUGCGAGCAUUCAGGGCAACGUCUUCAACGAGUUUGCCACGCCCACGGCCGUGCGCGGCGGCAGCGGCGGCGGCGGCUCGCCAAGUGGCAUCUCGCCAGGGAUGCCGCCGCUCAAGCGUGCCAUGAUCGUGGCCAAUGCCAAGACCACUGCACAGCCGAAGCCAACGACGACCCUGGCUCGCUCCCAGGUGAGCCCGGCCAGCGGACAGGUGAGGUCGGCCAGCCAGUCGCCCGGCUCGAAUGUGGCCAAUCUCUUGGCCGAGCCACGCCCAGAGGUGCCCAACGCCGACAUGGCCGGCACCAUUGCAGCGGAUGACUUCGACAUGGGUCGCCUCAAGCGGGAGCCAGUGGACCCCGAUGAUACGGUGGAUAUACUGGGCAUUUAAGGGUGCCAA